CUGGUAUUGCUUGAUAGUCAAUGUGAGCUUUUUUCAAUGGCCGGACCAUCUUAGAUCCUACUUUUUCUUCCGUCACCUCAUAGACCCAAUUAGGCCAGAUGGAGAUCUCUCGACAGGAAGCUUUCUCCAAGCUCAAACCACCAUGUGUGGAACUGAGUGCUGUUGGCUUGCGCUUCCGUGCGAACCAAGCGUCUCCCAAUGAUGUCUUCAAGGCCUUGAAGCCCGUGUACACCGUCCUGAGCGACCUUGGCAGUAAGAAUGCUCUGGACGAAAAGCUAGCGGAAUAUGCAUUCUUCCCUCUGUGCCACAUCUUCAACGAGACACAGAGAACACCAAUCAACUCCCUCGAACUCGCAGUCAAAUGCCUGCAGGUCCUCGUGGAGAAAGGAUGGCGGAGAAAGCUGUCCCAUCAGAUGGGCAAGCAGCUGAUGAUCCUUCUGACCUUGAUUGUGGGAGGCGCGCCGAGCAAAGCCAACGCAAGCCAAUCCACACAGACUCGGUCAGUGGAACUGUCUGUCGCAGGAUUUAAUUGCUUAUCGGCCAUUUUCAAUGUUCUCGACGGCCCUGCAGCCACUGCGACCAUUUACCAUGAAGUUGGUACCGCUACCGUGGUGGAUCAGACAGUAUAUGUUCUACUGGAAGGAAUCAGCGACGACCAGUCCGAUCAGCUUUGCAUCUCGGCGGCCGAAUCCCUCGGAGCGCUUUACCAUCGUAUUAGUGAUCGAGUAGUCCUGGCCAGUAUCAUGCCUCGAACAGUGUCUACCUUGACGAAAAUUAUUCGACCCACGACACAGGCGCGGCGCUCGUACAAGCUCCUGAGCCUCUGCCUUCAAAUUCUCACAGACAUGCUUCGAAAGGUUCUCAACGAUCGAGAUACGAAGGUGACCGGGAGCCCAGGUCAAUCCCAAAAGCAGGACGACCCACUCGUGCUUGAUGCCUCAUGGCUGAAAGCAACAGCCACGCAGAUCAAGCUUGCUCUUGCCAACAUUAUCCAGAUCCGACGACACGAAAGACUCGAAGUACAGACAGCCCUUCGUGAGCUCUGCCUGAUGGCUAUAGAAGAAUGUCAAGCGACUCUGCACGAGUCGCUACCAAUCCUCGUCGAAACCCUGGUUGUCUUGUCCGAUGUCGAUGACAACAACACGCCGAAUGAAGCAUUUUCGGCUCUCACACACCACGCCACGACUUACCCAGUCGUGGUAGAUCAUCUCAAGAAUUCUCUCCACAGCUGGAUCACAUCAUUCCCACGGACCAUGCAAGGAAAUGAUGAGACAGCUAAGCAAUGGGCUGUCAAGCAAAUAUCCACUGCCUUCCAAGUGUUAUCGCAAGUGCAGUCCAGUUCUGAUAUCCUGGAAAGUAGCUUGGCGUCAGGAAUAUGUGACAGCGUUGCUGCAGCCGUGAAUCACGCAACGAAUGCACUGCAGCCUCUCAACACCGAUGCUACUCAAGCUCAGAAUCUGGACGUCCUGCACUAUGGAAGCACCUCCGAGGGUUUCGAACCCGUGCUCAUGGAACACAAGAGUCAACGAGACACGCUACGAGACCUGCGGAGCAUGGUUGUCAGACUGAGCUCCUCCGAGUCCGGCAACGGGAUCACGCGUCUCAUCAUCAAUCGACUCUACCAGGAGCACGGUGAUGCGCUCAUUUCACCAAUGUGGCUUUCACUGAACCUUAUCCGGAGUAAUCUGCAGGCGACAGCAGCUUUCGAUGACUUUAUAUCGCUGGACGAACCCGAACCGUCCUCCGGCCAGAUAACAACCAGGGCUGGUAUGAUCGAGGAAUUGUACUACAUUGCACUGCCAAUCUUGAACGAGCCAUUGGCCAACGAGUCCCACGACUGGAGGGUGCAGGCUCUUGCAUUAGAGGCGGUCGCCUUGCAGGCACAACAACUCGGCGAGGCCUUCCGGCCUGAAUUGAUGGACGCAUUGUACCCGGUACUUCAGCUACUGGCUUCCAACAACCCGAAUCUCCAGCGACAUGCCAUGACGUGUCUUAGCCUGCUCACGAACGCAUGCAACUACAAAGACGCCAGCACCAUGGUGAUAGAAAACGUCGACUACCUCGUCAACUCCGUGGCGUUGAAAUUGAACACUUUCGACGUGUCCCCGUACCCACCGCAGGUGCUCUUGAUGAUGGUGAGGCUCUGUGGCCCGCGACUGAUACCCUACCUGGACGACCUGGUCGAUUCCAUCUUCGGCAUCCUCGACAUGUAUCACGGCUAUCCCAAGCUUGUCGAGCUGAUGUUCCGGACACUGGCGGCGAUUGUCGAAGAAGGGACCAAAAACCCUGCUUUGCUCGCAAUCAGCGACGGGUCGGAGAGCACCGAAGCCAAACAUCGCAAGAAGCGCUACGAAAGUCCGGAUGUAUCCGCUCUCGUGCAGGACUUUGCGCAGCGUCGAGCCAAACGCGCCAAAUUAAUGGACGACCUCGACCACAAAUCCAACACAACCCUCUCGCACCCUCAGAAGCCCUGGAAAAGCGAGUCCCCAGAAGCACAUGAACAAGAAGACGAGCAGAAACCGACCGAGUUCGACAGCACACUCGCCGACCUCCUGAAUCAAGACAACGACGACUCUGACGGGCCUCUCCCAGCCCCCAAGGAACCAGAAGACAGCGAAAAGCCGCUGAGCAAAUCGCACACCCUGCUACUGCACAUCGUCCGCUCCAUCCCGUCGUACCUAUCCUCCCCAUCCCCUUACCUCCGCCGCUCCCUCCUCACCAUCCUGGUCGAAGUCUUCCCGACUCUUUCUGCCAACGACAACAGCUUCUUACCGCUAAUCAACGACCUCUGGCCUUCCCUAGCUGCACGAAUUUGCUUCCCCACGUCCGCAAUCACCGCCAACACCACCAAGACACUAAAAGCCCCUACAUCCACAACCCUCACCUUAUCCACCCCAACCGACUCCACCAGCACAGAUUCCCUUGAAGAAGAAACCUACGUCACAACGACGGCCUGCCAUGCUGUCCAAACCCUCGCCCGCACCGCCGGCGACUUCCUCGCCUCGCGGAUCGAGAAUGAAUUCCCGCGCUGGGAACGCCUCUACCGCCAAGUAUGGACGAAAGUCCGUCUUGAUGCGGAGAAAGCCCUCGAACGGAGGGAGCGUCUGCAGCAGCAGCAGCAGCAGCAGCAGCAGCGAUCCACAAAUCGGCUUCUUUUGGACGAGGUGGUAACAUCGUCUGUGUCCGCUGAAGUCGGCCCAGAUCAAUUGGCCACCAGCAGCGACAGAAACAGCAGCAACAGCACUUCCAAGAGCAGCACCACUCAACUCACCCUCACACAAUCCCUUUCCCUACACCCGACCAGCGCACGCACCUUCACCCCCCACCAUGCCAUCUGGCGCAGCCUUAUCCCGCUCUUCCUCGCCGUACUGACGCACGUGCGGCUACCGCUCGCGGUCGGGGAUACUAUCUGUGGGUUCGUGGUGGAGUGGGUGGUUUUGUUUGCCAGGGGUGAUAAGAAGGUGUAUGAGCGGUGGGUGACCGGGGGACGGAGUCUUAGAAGAGAGGUGGGAGGUAGAGCUGCUGCUGCGGAUGCUGAUGCGGAGUCUGCGGAUCUGGCGUCGAUUGCGGAGGCGCUGGAGGCGCUGGAGACAUGGAAUGCGGAUUUGACCUGGUUCCUGUUUCAGCAGCACCACAGUAAGAAGGCCAGCGCCGGGGUUCGAGCAAAAGCGACCCGGAAACCAACUGAGAGUCCCUUGAUUUGUGAGGUGGUCGAGGAUGAGCAGCAGCCUUUGAAGGAGUGGUCGGUCCCGGGGACGGGGUUGAGGUUUGCAGAGCUGAUUUUUUGA